AUGCCCACGACAUCCCAAUACAUCCUCUGGGGCUUCGAUACUGACACAUACGGAUGGACUCAAUAUGAUGUCUUGAUGAAUGUGUCCAACAGACCGAGCUGGGGAGCAUACGCCGAAAUACCGGAGCAUGGUCUAGGCUUCUAUCUCAACGGUGCAAUUGACACCCGGUUUGGCGGUAUGGGCACCUUGAUCUCCUUUGGUGGAGCGACAGGGCUUGAUCAGAAUUCGAGACUCAUCAGCAUGAGACAAGUCCAUGUCUUUGAUGUCGAGUCCGCCUUCAACUCCACUUCCACGAACUCAGACAAUGGGUGGUACACUCAAACAAUCAUCGGGGCGGCCCCGGAUCCUCGCGUCGAUUUCUGCGUUACCAUGGUCUCGGCCCCUGACGAGUCCAGCUUCAACAUUCACAUGUAUGGAGGAUGGAAUCCAACAACAAAUGAAUACUACGACGAAAUCUGGGUUCUGAGUAUCCCAUCAUUCAAAUGGGUUAAGGGCCGGCUGCUGGCAUCGCACAGCUGGGAAUACGGCGCACUCUCUGAGGCAUUGCUCGAGUGGUACAACCCCGAGUUCUCUGUCUUCGGCAAGGCUGCAUUCCCCGACGGGGGAAUCCCGGUUCUGCAGGUCGGCGACAUUCAGUCGCUAUCAUACGCCAAGCCGAACAUUCGGACAAACUCUACGACCCUCAUCGACGGCGACGGUGCCGCAGGUGAUCCGGCCUCUCUCGGGGUGUCGGCAAUCCUCAUCGGGCAGACGGAGCCCGAGUACUUGUCGGCGGCGGAGCGUCAAGCAACUCAUCUGCUCGAUAAUGUUCCACGAUGGGACAACGGCGCCAUCAGCCACCGUGAGUCCAACGUGGAGCUCUGGGCUGACUUUAUCUACAUGGUUCCACCGACGCUAGCGUACUGGGCUGUUCAGACCAACAAUGUUACCCUGCUCGAUGUAGCCAUUCAGCAGUGCAACUUAUAUCAUGAUGUCCUGGGCGUUGCGGCCAACGAGAGCGGAGAUAAUGCUCCAUGGAACGCAGCAGGGCUCUGGCACCACAUCAUCGGACCCCCGGAUGGGAACAACGACAAGGGCAUAUGGAGCACGGGAAAUGCCUGGGCGGCCGCAGGCAUGAGCCGUGUCCUGGCAACGGCUAAGAAUUCGAAACUUGAGGCUAACGACUUGCUGCUCGAGAGGCUGGUAGAUAGUAUCAAGGGUAUUCUAGACGGCGCCAUCGCCCUGGACAGUGCUGAGCCGGAUCAGCCGCUUCUUCGCAACUACCUCAACGACACCACCUGGUUUGCUGAACUGGCGGGGACGACGCUGCUCGCGGCCACAGCUUACCGGGUCGUCCAGCUCGAGCCAGCGAGGUUCGGGUUGAAGUAUACAGCUUGGGCAGACGAAAAGAGAGAGGCAGUCACAACCAUGAUUGGAAGUGACGGGCUGCUGGCUCCUGUGGUGAACCCACUGAACUGGAACGACAGGACACCGGCGACUAAGUCACCCGAAGCACAGAGCUUUGCGAUACUCAUGUUCUCAGCUUACCGCGAUUUUCAGAGCUCUUGA